AUAAUUUAUAUUUAUUUAUUUUACUUUUUUCGUUUUUAUCAAACUGUAAAUACCACAUGCCAUUUCAUGGAAGCGGUCCAAAAACAUUAUAUUUUUGAAAUAAAUAAUAUUAUGAAGAUACUUGUUGCCCUAGGGGAGUGAUUCACAAUGAAUCAUCCUAUAAAACCUCCAGCAGAUAGUGGAAAAGAAUUCAAUGAAGACGCUUUUGAAGAUUCUGAAUUAUUUGAAAACUUUAUAAAUUCAACAUUCAUUGACACAACAAAACAAAAUGAAAGCUCUUCAAACAUUGAUGGUGAUAACAGUGCACUUAAUGUCAGUGCUCUGUGCUGUGAUGAAGAGAUCAGUGGGUAUGAUAAGUUGACAGGACAGAAUUGGAUCUAUCCUACUAACUAUCCUGUCAGAGAUUAUCAACUUAAUAUAGUUAGAUCCUCUCUCUUUAAAAAUACACUUGUCAGUCUACCAACAGGAUUGGGUAAGACAUUUAUAGCUGCAGUGGUGAUGUACAAUUUUUUCCGCUGGUAUCCAUUGGGUAAGAUAGUGUUCACUGCCCCCACCAGACCCCUCGUUGCUCAACAGAUUGAAGCUUGCUACAACAUAGUAGCCAUUCCACCCAAGGACACCAUUGAAAUGACAGGACAUAUGCCAGUGACAACAAGGAAAUCACAUUGGCAAAAUAAAAGAGUAGUUUUUGCAACACCUCAGGUUAUCUACAAUGAUAUAAAAUCAGGUAUAUGCCCGGGAGAGAAGCUGAGAUGCUUGGUUGUUGAUGAGGCCCACCGAGCGCGGGGCAAUUAUGCAUACUGUCAGAUAAUAUCAAGUUUAACGGAUAUGGGACACACUACGUACAGGGUGCUGGCACUGUCUGCUACGCCAGGGAGCAAAGUGGAUGAUGUUAUUCAUGUAGUAAAUAAUCUACACAUAGCACAUUUGGAGUUACGUACAGACAAUUGUAUAGAUGUACGGAGAUAUAGCCACACAAGAAAUAUUAAUAUAGAAAUUAUACAGCUAGACCUUGAACUCACGAUUUUACGAAAAGAGUAUGUUGAGAUUAUAGAUCAAUAUACACGAAGAUUAACACAACUGAAUAUUUUACCGCAAAACGUCGGCAACCUGUCCAAAGGUCGUGUUGUGAUGCUGUACAAAGAGUUUCAGAACAGAGAUCGGAGUUCAAGACAUCCUCAACACAGCCACAUCAUGAAAGACUUCACAGUACUCAUAUCUCUGUUCCACGCGCUGGAACUGCUUAUCCGACACGGCUCCAGAGUGUUCCUCAACUUCUUCGACGAGCACCCGGAGAAGUCGUGGAUACAAAAUGAUGAUCAGCUCACAAGGUUGUUGGAGAGGUUGCGAGAUGAUCUAGGAAUCAACCCCUUGUCAUUGGAUCGAAGUGUCCUUCCUGAUGGAACAAUACCCGAGAUACCCAAAGAUCUGACAUUUGGCCACCCAAAGUUUGACAAGUUGAAGGAAAUAAUGUUAGAGCAUUUUACUACAGCUCAGAAAAAAGGUGAAGAUACAAGAGCCAUUGUGUUCUGUGAAUACCGGGAGAGUGUCAACUUGGUACACUGUCUGUUGCUGCAGUGUAGACCGCUGAUCAGGCCGCAGAUGUUCGUAGGACAAGGAGCUUCAGGUCGCGAGGGUGGUACUACGCAGCGCGCGCAGGCGCGAGCGGUGCGGGCGUUCCGGGAGGGCGGGGCCAACGCGCUCGUGAGCACGUGCGUCGCGGAGGAGGGACUCGACGUCGGCGCGGUGGACCUCUGCGUGUGUUUCGACGUCGCCACGCGCUCACCUGUCAGACUUGUGCAGAGAUGCGGACGCACCGGUCGUGCCAGAGGUGGCCAUGUCUACAUUUUGGUUACCGAGGGCAAGGAACAUCAGACACUUAUGGAUUGUAUGAGGCAGCGAGAUGGACUGAAUACUAAGAUACUGCAGUCGAAGGAAGUUCAUAAUAACUUAUUCAAGAACAACCCGCGAAUGUUGCCGCGUGACUUCACUCCUCAGUGCAAGAAAAUGUUCAUCACAGUCAAACCCGUCAACAUCAAUGAAAAGACUGACACCGAUAAACCGAAAAAGGGACAAAAGGAUUUGAGAAGCAUGUUGCUAGGAGGACCCUCGACUAGUAGUUCGAGUACAUCAAGCAUUGAUGCACCCAGCCAUGUCCUCACUAAACAGGAAUUUGACGAUCUCUAUCCAGAUGCUUAUAAGGAGGUCAAUGUGUUGGCCGAACCCACAGAAUACUGGUCUAUGAGUAAAGAGAGAAUAAGAGAAUUAGGUAAAAGUGACCAGCCUAGGCUAAAUUUAUCAACGUGGUUGGAAUGGCAGAGAACACUACAGACGACUGUGAAUAUCGGCCAUUCUGCGGACUCACAAAUAUUAGUAGAUAUUUUAAAAUAUAGCGACGCGAAGAGGUUCGAAGCACUCCCAGCGACUCAAACACAAGAUUUACCAGAAUUUUUGGAGCCAAGUACAAGUACAAAACCUUUGACGCCAGUAAAUUCAACAAAAGAGUCAAACGCGAAAGCUCUGUCUCCAGUAAAAUCGAAAACAAGCAACAAAAGAAAACAGAAAUUACCUUUAAAAUCACCCGGAAAGAAAGACGGCGACAUAAGAGCUCUGUUCAGUACCGCAACGAAAUCAACGAGAAAUUACACCAAACUUAUAAACGAUUUAGGAAUUCAAAACACAGGCGGCCUAACCACGCAGCUUAUAAGCUUGUUGGUCGAUUUGAGCUUAGAGAACACCAAUAUAACAAAAAGUUGUUAUAUCUGUUCUACAAUUUGCAACUGUAAGGUUAUACAAGAAAUUAGAAACCUCAGAAAGCCAAUAAACGUAGUCUUACCUACAACAAGUGCACCAAAGUUACCAGACAUUAACUUAAUUGAUGAUUUCGACGCAAAUUUAAUUGCAGUUUGUAAUAAAUCCAUUACAGAAAUAAGCUACGGGAAUAAAGAUGAAGUCGGCGCAAGUAAAAAAGAAAACUUUGAGCUUGAUCUUGAUUUAAUACAAAUUGAUACAAAGUAUGUAAAAGACAAUACAAAAAAUAUAAACGACAUAAAAACAGACAAAAAUUUUGAUAAAAACUUUGACUUGGGAGAUAUCGACGAUAUUUUUGCGGAUAGCAAUCCUGAAGAAACUUCCAAUCAGGAUGUAAACACGAAAGACCCGAAUUCAAGUAAUCCGAAGGAAACACUUGGAUUUUUCGGCUUGGAUAGUAUAGAUGACAUUUUUGCUGAUUCUGACGAUGACCGUCAAGAAAUUAAAGAGAAACCGAAUGAUAAUGAAAAGCUAAAGUGUUCUACUCCAAGUGCUCCUAUUACUAAGGAUGAGGUGCCUCAUUUAGAAAAUACUGAAUUAAAUAACUUGGCUACGUCUGUAUGUAGUCCCAGAAGUCCGUCUCUUCUAUCGGGAAGAUGCAUGGCCUCGCCCUCAGCAUCUACUUCGCCGAUUUUGUGCAGUCAGGUGCGAAAAUUUCAAUUAAGCACAAAGCGAAAAAAAGAUAACAAAUCCACGCCCGUAACCAAUAGCAAAAGAAACCUAUCGUUAAGUUUUACAAAUAUUUCACUACCCUCUACAAGCAAAUUGGUUAGUACAUUUGCUGAUAAAAAAGACACUUCAAAAGAAAAGAGUAUGCUUACUAUAACACAAUUGGUUGAAAUGAUAAAUGAUAAAAAUGAACAUUCAGUUUCAAAGAUUUCAAAUGUCUCAAAGGAAGCUUUCCAAACUAGUCACAAAGAAAGGAGUCCAUCACCAAUUCUGCUAACACAAAAAGAUAAAACGUUUAUAAACACCAAUAAUGUGAAAAAAACAGCACCAAGAAAUAUUCCUAGUCAAACGAAUCGACCCGAAAGCCUUAUUAUUUUAGAUAGUGACAGUGAUUCUAAUGAGGCCACGCAAGAGUAUGAAGUAAACGACAGUAAAAUAGUUAGUAAAGUCGAUAAAAAUCCGAGUCCACCAUCAGAUGAAAACUUAAACAUUCGAAGUAACAAAAGAAAAUUUGACGACGAUGAUAUUAUAACUAACUCGCCGUUCUUUGCGAAGAAGCCAAAGGUAACAACAGCAUCUUCAGAUAAACCUUUGACGUUACAAGAGAAAGUUUUAGCUGCUUUGAAUUGUAAAAAGGUUGAACCUAUUCCGGAAGAUAAGGACAAAACUGUUAAUUUCAUGGCGUUGUCGCCGAUAUUAAGUUCUCAGAAAGAAAACUUAAACCCUAUUUCAAAGACUAUUGAAAACCGUACAGUUGAUAGAAACGAAGAAAAAUAUAAUACAAAUCCUAAACUACAAAUGUUACAAAUGUUCAAGCGUACUAAACAUGCAAAUAAUAGAAGUCCAAAGAUAGAAUUCACAAAGAAGAGAAUUUGUUUUGAUAGUGAUGAUGAUUUUGCAGACAGUGACAAAUUUCCGAAAAUAAGACAAUCACAAAAGUCACAAACACAAUCACAAAAGCGUAGUCACAAACCAAACGGCAACGUUAACAAGGUUAGAAGAACUGCAGCUCAGUUCAUAGAUGAUGAAGCAGAUUUGUCUGACGAUGGAGAUGUUAGGAGUGGAGAUGAAUUGUCAGAUGAGAGUAUAGGCAGCAUUAUAGACUUUAUAUGCGACGAAAUGCCGAACGAAGACGACACUGCAGUCGAUAUGCAAGCGAUUUACAUGAAAUCUGUCAAAAGCCCCGUAAAAGGCGUUUUCAAGAUUCCCGAGUUACCAAAAACAUUUAAUAAUAACGACAUACUCUCCCAAGCUGUAGAAGAAGAUACUUAUGUAAUGGAUAGUUUCUGUGUUGAUUCACACAUCGGCCUCACACAAGUGAACGAUGUAUCGGAGUUGGAGAUAGCCGAAAUGAUAUUGGAAGAGAAAAAGAAGAGAAGAAAAAAACGUGAUAAACAGCAGGACGAAAGUUGCGACAGUCCACUUGUAAGGCGAAAAGUAGUUAGAAGAAAAAUCGCGAGUGAUUCCGAGAGUGAUUGAAGUUUUGUAUGAAUUUCAAUAUGAAUGGACUUGUAAUCAAUCAUUAAAUAAGAUAAUAUUACUAUAAAAUGUGUGAUAUAAAGAUUCCGAGUGCUGGGUGCACCUAAAUGUUUAUCUGUGAUAUUAUUUAUGACUGCUAAAAUAUAACUUAUUUAUUGCCUUCCAUUGAUAAAUAA